AUGACGCUGGAUGAACAAAUUCAAGAAGUGAACGAUGACGUCGAAGAACUCAAACGUCUAAUCAAUGAAACGAGCCGUUCUCGAAUCAAACAACUUCUAGAAGUGCAACAACAGAAAUUAGAAAAAGAAUUAGGCCAGUUGAAAGAGAAAUUGCAAAAAGAACAACAACAAGCUACUGUUCAAGCUGCCGAAAAGACAGCGAAUACUCUUCCCAUCUCGACACACUCCUAUACAAAGGAUAUUACAGUCUAUGCAUGGGAUCAAAGUGAUAAAUUUGUGAAAAUUUAUGUUCAAAAUCUUGACGGAGUUGGAGAUUUACCGAAAGAUCAGGUUGAAUGUUCAUUUGAGAAAAAUGGUUUCCAUCUACAAAUCCAAAAACUGAAGAAUAUCAACUAUUCUUUGAAGAAAACUCAUCUUCGACAUGAUAUUAAACCCGAAGAAUCGACCUUUCGAGUUAAAAAAGAUAUGGUGAUCGUCUCUCUACGAAAAGUCGAAUCGACGAAUUGGGAAAGUUUUCUGAAAGAGGAAAAGCCAGCCGUUCUGAAAUCACUGCCGAAUUUAAGUAAAGCAAAGGAUAAUGAAUCGUUUAUGAAUGCUGUCGAAGAAAUGUAUGAAAAUGGCGACGAUGACACGAAACGAGCUAUAGCUAAAGCAUGGACACAAUCGCGUGAAAAAGCGAAUGCUUUCAGUCAAAAACAGGAAGAAGAUAGUAAAAAUCCUGAUAUUAUUCGUACUCCUGAUUUUACGUUUUAUCCUCCGCCGAAAAAGAACUAA